AUUCCGGCGAAGUUAUCACCUGUGCGGAGUAGAAGCAGGACCCCCAAAGGGAAAUCAGUGAGGGCAGCAGGAUUUGUUUUACAUUUUUCCGGCACAUUCUCCCUGUUGUCUGUGUUUGGAUUCGACAGUUGUUGUUUUUUUUUUUUUACGAGAAGCACGUCUGGAAUAAGAAAACGUUGAACACAAAAAUGGAGAUAGAGAGGGAGCUAAAGAAGGUGACGCUUGGCCAUGAGUUUGGUGCUGGAGCUGCCUGUUUGAAAUGCAAGGACAAGUGUGAGGGCUUUGAGCUGCAUUUCUGGAGAAAGAUAUGCCGAAACUGCAAAUGUGGCCUCACAGAGCAUGAUGUGGCGAUGAACUCGGAGGAGAACAAGAAGGUAGGCAAGCUGUUUGAGGACACGAAGUACACCGGCCUCAUCGCCAAACUGAAGACGGAUGGGAUCCCCAGCUACCAGGGCAACAUGGUGACCAUCACUUUGCCUAGCCCUGCCACUGCUUACACGGUACCACCCAGUGCGACCUCUACUGUUGUGCCCCCUUCUGCCAGAGCCGGCUCUGUGUCGUCGUCUGCCACAGCUGGUUCUGUGUCCCCGUCUGCCACAGCUGGUUCUGUGUCCCCGUCUGCCACAGCUGGUUCUGUACCCUCAGCUGGAGCCUCUGCAGGUUCGACAGGCAUUGGGGUUCAGGGUCAUGCUCGGGUUCAGCCUGUACCAGCCAGUGCCACACCAGUCAGGGCUAGCAAAGUGCCAGUCACUGUCAGUGCCACAUCAGCCAACGUAGUGCCAGUUCCUAAAGAUGUACCAAUGAAGACUGUCACCUAUGAGUGGGCACCACCAGUGGCUAACAAGUACCUGGCUGUGCGUUAUAUUGAGUUGCUCCCACCAGAGAAACGCCCAGUGGUUGGUACAGAGGGAGCUGCUUACCGUCGGCAGCAGAUGGCCCGACAGCUACCUGAACACGACCAGGACCCGUCCAGGUGUCAUGAGCUGAGCCCUGCUGAGGUCAAGCUGAUGCAGCAAUACGUUCGCAAGUACAAGGAUGAAGCCCUGGGGGUUGGAGAUGUCAUGCUGCCUGAAGAGAUGGCUCUGGUUCAGGCAGGAGGGCUGGGUGGAUCUAGUGUUGGGGUUGGAGGGGCUCCUAGUGCAGGAGGGGCUCCUAGUGCAGGAGGGGCUGAGUUUGGACCUAGAGGUGGUGCUGCUGCUGGGAGUAUUGGUGGGGGUGGAGGUGCUGGCUAUAAACCAGAGGCUGGGGUUGCUGGAGUUGGAUUUGGUUCAGGGCCUGGAGCUGCAGGACCUGGUGUUGGGGCUGGAGCUGGUGGUGGUUUUGGAUCUGCAGCUGGUGGAGUUGGAGCUGGUGGUGGUUUUGGACCUGCAGCUGGUGGAGCUGGAGCUGGUGGUGGACCACUUUCAGGGCCUGGCGUUGGACCAUCUGCAGGCUUUGGACCAGCUGGAGGAGCCAUGGGUACUACUGCCACCGCUGGAGCCAUGAGUGUCCCUGGAGCUCAGCAAGCUGGACUACCACAACAGAACUUUUCAUGCCAUCAGUGCCAGCAGCCCAUGCGUAAGGGUGAGCCAGCUGUCUAUGCUGAGCGGGCCGGUUAUGACAAGAUGUGGCACCCAGCAUGCUUCGUCUGCUGUACCUGUAACGAACUGCUGGUGGACAUGAUCUACUUCUGGAAGAAAGGCAAGAUGUACUGUGGACGGCACUAUGGAGACAGCGAGAAGCCACGAUGUGGAGGCUGUGAUGAGCUGAUCUUCAGUAACGAGUACACUCAGGCUGAGGGCCAGAACUGGCAUCUGAAGCAUUUCUGCUGUUUUGAAUGUGACUGCAUUCUGGCUGGAGAGACGUAUGUUAUGGAGAAUGACAAGCCUGUCUGCAAGCCCUGCUACAUGACGAACUAUGCUGUGAAAUGCUCAUCUUGCCAGAAUGCAGUAGAGCCUGAGGCCCAGAGGGUUUCCUAUGGUGAUUAUCACUGGCAUGCCGAGCCACAGUGCUUCAAGUGCUCCGGCUGCUCCAAAUGCCUGAUUGGCCAGCGCUUCAUGGCAGUGAAGAACUUCCUGUUCUGCUCUGUGGAGUGCAAGAAGAAAAUCAUGGCUUAAAGGGCCAAGACAA